AUGGAACUCACCAUUGUCAUGCAGGGCAUAUCAGCGCCGACAUGUAAAGAAGCUCCGGCCGGUUUCCCAUCAGCUCUGUCUGAACUUGUGCAUUUGAUUCCUCAUCGCUCUCCCCAUACCCUGACCAUGUCACCGUCACUCGCGUCCCGACCGGCUCCCUGCCGCCUGUCCAUUGUCCUUCUCGUCCUCGCCUCAGCUUCUCACUUUGCCAUUUAUCCAGCCAUCCAAUCAGUGUUCCCAGCCCUUGUUGCAUUUUCAGAGCGAGAAUGUUUAGUGCUUAACAUGCAUCCAUCCCCCCUUUCCACCCCACGCAACGAUAUUGAAGCUCGAGCAUCAAAUCGUAUACUUACGUUUACUCACAGUCCGCUCGUCAUUCCACUCCAGCAGGGAUUUGGCCUACUUCUUCCGACUACCUAUGCGGACUGCACAGUCAGCCAUCUUCCCCGUCGCGAGAGCAGAUUCCGGCUACAGCUCAUGGCCACAGCAGAAUCAUCCGUGCAGUGUUGUUUACACGGCGGUCCAACAUCUACUAUCUCGUAUAGCAUGAGAGCGAUUCUCUCCGUGGUCCUUGACACAUCCCACCUCUCUGACUCGGCGACGGCCCACUAG